AUGCCCGACAACGACCCCGACAGCCCCACCCUCUCCCCCGGCUCCAUCCCCCCCUCCCCCCUGCCCCGGCACCAUCCCACCUACUACCCACCCGACGCUUGGGCAACCCACCCCUUCCCAGCAUGGCCACAUCCCGGCGACCACCCCCCAUGGACGUAUUUCCCGCCACCACCGCCGCCACCGGCUUGGCCUUACUUCAGAGACGCCGCCCCUCUGCUGGAUCACGAUGUCGGAAACUACCGAGGACCUUGGUUGAUCGAUGAGUGGGGCCGCCCCGUUUGGCCGCCGAACGCCGUCCCUGGCGCUGGCGCUGGCGCUGGCGCUGGCUGGCAGUGGGGGUGGCCGGCGGUGCCGGUUGGUGCUCCCCGGUGGGGGGGAGUGCCGGGGAAUGGUCCGCGGUGGGGGGGAGCGCCGGUUAAUGGUCAGCAGUGGGGAGCGCCGGUUGGUGGCGGAGGUCACGGUGGCGGAGGUCACGGUGACCGUGGCGGUGGGGCUGGUGGUGGUGAAGACAACCGCCCGGUCCUGCCGGACCGUGAAGGCCGCUUCCCGACUGCGGCGUAUGGCGGGGGUAGGGAGCAGGCUCGGGAUCAGUAG